UGGAUUUGUUAUUUUCCUACAAUUUUAAUUCUUUACCUCAUUUAUAAUGAACAACAAAGCAGUUUAAUUUGCUGCAAAUGGAUUCAUAUACCUUUGGUUCCAUUCUAAAUCAUGGAUUAUUCAGCAGCAAAUAAAUUAUCGAAGCCAUGAGGACGCCAGUUCUGCUUGCGAGUAUUCUGCUGCUACUGCUACAUAUAUGUUGUGGGAUCGCGUACCACCUUGACAACAACGAAGUAAAAACAACGUCAAAUCUAGGAGAUAUCGUUUCCGUUCCCGAGGAAGAAAACGGCACUUUGUCACGUGGAUUAAUUGUAUUACCUCAUUCAAAAAAUAUGAAACAAACCGUUAAAAGAACAGAUGGUCACACUAUUGACACAUACAGUAACCACGGCACAGUGUCAAGUGUUGAAAAGGCUGAAUUAAACGGACAAGAAGAUUCAGUGUCUGAAGAAUGUGUAAUUGAAGUUGAAAAACCUUCAUUGGAUAGAUUUCGUCAUUUGGUUUUCAGAGCCGACAGUAAUUUUGUUUUUUUAAAUUUAACCUCAAACUAUGAUUCAGGAAUACAUUUAAAGAAAGCGAAAUGGACAAUUGCAGAAAAUAUUUGGAUAUGGACAUUUUACGGAAAAGAAGGUGCAUUAGAAUUUCUCAAAUGGCCAACUGAAUUUGGAAUUUGGUCCAUGGGUCUAUUAUACGAAUCUGUGAUCAGAAAACCAAUUGAGAUAUCACUGAAACGAAUUACUGGCAAUUGUUCGAAAUUAGAAGUCGGAAAAAAGGAUGAUGACCUUGUUAUUGCGAAAGCCUUAACAAAUUUAACACUUGAAAUGAUGUCGCUUGACUUGGAAAAGUAUGCACCUAGCUUUUAUUGCUACCGAAAAAGAAUGAUAAUAGACGCAUACGUACUCUGCAAACAUAUUGUGUGUCCGAUUGAGGCAGUAAAACACUCCUGCUGCAAUUUCUUCUUCAACAAAACUUUAAAUCGGAGAGUAAUGAGCUGUAAGGAAAUUGAAUUCGAGUACGACGAAGUGUGGUGGAUCUUUCCAAGCAUUCUUUCAACAGUAUUACUGAUAUAUUCACCUUUAUUUCUUAUGUACAUAUUGUACCACUAUUCAGAACGGGAAAGCGGUCGUCUGAGAUUAAAUGUUUUGAAUGGACUUACGGAGAACACUAUAACUUUUACACAAGACAACAACGAAUCUAUGAUUAUACAUUCUCAAGAUGAGUAUAUCUUAUUCGAUGGUAUUAAUCAUGUCACUUUGUUAAACACAAUCUGUAUUCCUUUGAACAUGAGUUUGGCAGCAAUGGGUUGUUUUACGGACGUAUUAAAGCGUUCGGUUAGACUUCUCAUUCCUGUUUUAAGCCUAACCUUUGUUGGACUGCAGGUGGUGUUAGAUUAUAAGGUAUUGUACAAGUUUGUACACGACUGUGUUGAAUCUGGCGUACCUAUGGGUUUUCGCUCAAUGCUGACGGGCUAUGAUAAAAGUAAAAAUAUUUUUCUACCCUACAUUGGUGGCCCUUUCGUUGCUCUGUCGUGUUAUUUAAUCAUCACUGGCGUGCUUGUUCUUGCGCCCAGCGAUCCAGCUAGACUAUUGUCCGAUGCUGUUGUAGCUUCGAGAUCAUCACAAAGUAAUCCUGAAGCUUCGCCACUUUUUCUGAGUCUCAAUAAUAUAGAAAUAUUCGGUGCAAUGAAUCUUAAGUACAGCAAAGGCUUUCGUAAGAUAUAUAAUAUUUUCCUUGCUCAAUUUUAUAUGCUUAUGAAUGUGAAAUUCUGGAAACACAUUUUCAAAAUUCAAACCGCUCGAUGGAAUGUUUAUAGUAAAUGUUGUCUUUGCGUCAUUGUCUUUCCUUUGUAUUUUAUAUUGUGUUGUGUAGAAAUUUUCUUAUCCGUAAUAAUAUAUGGCUUCCCGAUUGUAUCAUUUGGAAGGCUGAUAAUUAAAGCAUAUUGUAUUCCCUUUAACAGAGGCGUUCGUAGAUGUAGAGAUCAUAUUUGCAUGUAUCUUUUUACAGGUUGUCUCAUUCUAUCAGUUGUAUAUUUUAUCUUUAUGUUUGCUACUAUUUUUUCUGACGCUAUUUUGUUUCUCACACGCGUUGCUAUAUUCACAUUCACUGGCAUCAUCGUUUUUCCUAAAACGGCGUACGGAUAUAUGAUAUUUGGCUUUACUGUGUUUUACUAUCUUUCGAACUGUUUUAGUGACUUUUCUAUGAACUAUAGCAGGCUCAUGAAGGAUAUUAUCAAACUUACAAAGGGCUUUCAGCGGCAUAAUGAAAACACCCAGAAAAAGGUGCUUUUCAAACAUAAGGACAAAUGGGGAAUUAGAGAGUCCCUUUUUGAACUAGCCAUAGAAAACCACAGCCCUCGACGAAAAUUGUUGUUUUCGACGCUCCUCCGAGCAUUUGUUGUUCUCGGGUUACUGGGAAUUUGUAUUAACAUGCUUUCCAAAACGGACAGUUUUCGUGAGCUUCACGUCAUAAUGCAUGUUGGUACCGCUUUAUUUAUCUGCGCUUUACCGCAGAUAGUGAACCGUGUUUGCAAGAAAAAGGAUAGCAUUAAGGCAUUAAAGCGACGCAGAAAAGCAUUGGUCAACACAGUUAAGGCAUAUCUUGGGUAUUUUGCUGAUAGUGAAACGUCUGAUUCGGAGGUAAAUGGUGUUUAAAGGCAAACAAAGAACCUGAGAGCGUGGGCUUUCUGCAACAUUAAAGAUUUUGGAACUUCAGACGAACAAGCUCGUCGCGUAAAAAAGAAAUUGAUUUACGAUCUGGGCCAUAUUCAUCAAGCACUUAGUUGAAUUUUUCAACUUAGUGAGAACAAGUCUUGUCUUAUUUGAAGUUAAAAAUAAUAAAGUAACCAUGUUACAAAGAUAAGCUAGAAAGAUGUCUAGAUUAUAAAGGCGCGUAAUUAAAUAUGAUGGGAUAAAGAGGGUAUUCAAAUCUUUCGUUACUAAAAGAUCGAAAUGUUCAAGUAUGAAACUUAAUAUGUAUGGCCCCUAGCUUACAACAACUAAUAUGCAAGAGCGAUAACAAUGGCUUCAUCACCAGUUCUCUUAGAAGUGAUUGUGUGUUAUUGUGUUUUGUUUCAACUCUCAAACUUCAACUGUCUGACCUUUACCUCUCACCCUUGCCACGGACAUAUAAACCAUGGAUUGGCAACUGGCCCAUAUCGGUGAUACGAUAAGAAAUAAUAAUUUACCCACAAUCCUUAGCGUGCGCUCGGCAAAUAUCGGAAAAUCCUGCCGAAUCUUCGAUCGGUGAUUAAUGCCUUGUUCGUUAUAGAUUUAAUUAUAAUUAAUAACUGUGAUUGCAAUCAGAUUCAAUUGGACUAUUAUCAACUCAAAUGAAAGUACCGCGCAUUUGAAUCAAUUUUAAAUAAUGUUUUCCUACAUGUAUAUAUUCGGCCGAUGUCGGACGUCUCGAAAAUGACAACACGGUAAGAUCUCAGAAUGAAAUCCCGCUGCACGCGUGAGUUUGAGAUUAUCACAUUAACACAGAUGAGAGUUGCCAAUCAAUGGUUUAUAGGUCCAUGCCCUUGCUUACUUUCGCUAGUAAUCCCUCGUGUGGCUGUACGUCGAAAGGUUAGUUGGCUGUUGGGAUCUAUAAGAUUGCCCAUUAAGUUACCCCGGAACAGCACGGAUCUGAUUCCCCUGAAAGAGUAGUUGUGCUGUUUCUGAAAAAAAAAACACAAUUGCAUUAUAAUUAUAAGAUCAUAUUGAUACAUACAAUUUUAUAAUUCCAGUUGUCGUAAUAGUGUUUAUGUUGUUAUUGAAAGUAUAUUACAUUAUCAUGAUAUAUCAUAUUGGUAUAUGUCCAUUUUAACCCAUUAUAUAUCAUCUGUAAUUGUUAUACUGAUGGCUUUGAUUUGGAAAAUAUAUAACAUUAUAAUAAUUAAAACACCAGUAAUCAUUAUAGUCAUUGUGUUUUUAGAUAUAUUAAAUUUUAUGAAAACAUAUUGAUACAUUUUCACUUUAUAUCUGAUUAUGCUUAUUUCUUCUUCGUUUAUCGUAUUUUAAUCAGAACACUAUUAUGUGUUUUUGUUUGUUUUGCUUUGUCUGUUUUGACCUUUGAUCUAUGCGACAUUAAAUAGGAUAAUAUUUGGGUUAAAACGAUCUGUCAUGUCACUGUAGCUAAGGCGGAAGAAAAUGAAACAUUUGGACUUAUCUUUUACUUCCUGAUUAAAAUAUACAAAACCUACUUAUGCGUAUGUUUGAUGAUCCAUUCAGUUUUUGUAUCAUUUUAAAGAUUAUUGCUUGUUGAUAACACGUACUGUAAAAUAAAGGACCGAAACAACA